GGGCCCCUGCAUUUCGGCUGCAUCGUGACAUGAUAUAUGUUCCCCUUGCCAGACUUAGGUUUAGGACUCGAGUCUCUCGGCCAUCCGCCCCUCGCUGGUACUCCUCACGUCGCACUUCCCGCCAGUCAUCCCGCGGCGCGAUGAACGGCCACUUUGCAGCGGUCGGCGAUGGGCCGACUGCCAAGCAGUACGAGCAUGGAAUACAAGUCAUCGAUGAGGACAAAGCAUACAACACGAACCUGAAUGACUACCUCGUCGAGACUCGCGUCGCCGAGGCCGGCUUCAACUACCACCUCAUCUCCGUCUUCGGGUCGCAGUCGACCGGCAAGUCGACCCUGCUCAACCACCUGUUCAAAACCGACUUCAGCGUCAUGUCCGAGACGGAGCGCCGUCAAACCACCAAGGGAAUAUGGAUGUCCAAGAACAAGCGCGUCAGCGCGGACGGCGGUGCUACCCAGAUGGCCGACAACAUCCUCGUUAUGGAUGUCGAGGGCACCGACGGUCGCGAACGCGGCGAGGACCAGGACUUCGAGCGCAAGAGCGCGCUCUUUGCGUUGGCAACCAGCGAAGUCUUGAUUGUUAACAUCUGGGAGCACCAGGUCGGUCUGUAUCAGGGCGCAAACAUGGGUCUGCUGAAGACCGUGUUUGAGGUCAAUCUGCAGUUGUUCCUGAAAGAUCGGCAAUCACAGACACGGUCGCUUCUGUUCUUCGUCAUCCGCGAUCACAUCGGCAACACCCCGCUGUCCAACCUGCGGGACACUCUGAUCCAGGACCUGACUCGGAUCUGGUCCUCCAUAUCCAAGCCUCAGGGGCUCGAGAACUCCAAGAUCGAAGACUACUUCGACUUUGCUUUCGCAGCGCUACCGCACAAGAUUCUUCAGCCAGACAAGUUCCUGGAGGAAGUCGACAAACUCAGCACACGCUUCACGGCUGGCCACCGCUCCGCCAAGGACCAGGAGUUCGUGGGAGGCGUCUUCCUGCCCGAAUACCACAGGAGGAUACCCGCCGAUGGGCUGUCGGUCUACGCCGAGGGUGUCUGGGAUCAAAUCGUCAACAACAAGGACCUCGACCUGCCCACCCAGCAGGAGUUGCUCGCGCAGUUCCGCUGCGACGAGAUCUCGCGUGAAGUUCUUGUCGGAUUCGACGCCGUCAUCGUCCCGCUCGAGGAGCAGCAGGCCGAGGCGGCCCGCCUCGGCAAGCCCACCGUCCUGCCCAACCUCGGCGCCACCGGUUCCGGCGCUCGCGAGAAGUGCGUCAAGACGUUUGAGACGCAGGCCAGCCGGUACCACAAAGGCGUGUACGCGACAAAGCGCGCCGAGCUCGAGAGCAAGAUUGACACGCGCCUCAAGGCGGUAUAUCAGACGCAGCUCUCGGCGGCGCACAAGGCUGGCGUGGCGGCGUUCAGCGAGGCCGUCACGAGCGCGGUGAAGGCCGGCCAGAAGGCGGGUGGCGCGUACGAGUUUGCCGAUAUCGUCGCGAAGCAGAAGAAGAAGACGCUCGACGUCUUUAGGAAGGAGGCCCAGAGCCUGCUGAUCCCGGGCGUGGCGUGGACAAACUUCAAGCCGCAGUACCGGCUGUUCGAGAAGGAGCUCGACGAGGUCAGCGCGCGGCUUCGCAAGGAGGAGAUGAGGCGGCUGGCCAUCCGGGUUGAGCGCUGGGUCAGGUCCAGACUUGGCGAUGCGAUCGGUCUCGAAUUCAACAGGCUUGGAUCUGGUAGGGGCGGGUCCGGCGCCCCGGAGACCGGCGAGAAGCCAACGACAGAGAAGGACUUGUGGGAUCGUGUAUGGAAUGCCUUCAUCAGCAUUGUCAAAGAAGCCGAGACGCGGUUUGCCGACAGGGCCAAAAGCUUUGAGGCGAGCCCAGAGGAGGUUGAGGUCGGCCUCUGGCGGCUGCGGCGCAAGAGCUGGGUGGCGCUCCGGGAGAAGAUCGAAGAGGAGAUGAUGGAGAGCAACAUCCUCAUGAAGCUCCGUGAGAACUUCGAGGACAGAUUCCGUUACGACGAGGAGGGUGUUCCACGGAUCUGGCGCCCCACCGACGACAUCGAAGGUGUCUAUACCCGGGCACGCGAGUCCACGCUGGGGCUGAUCCCUCUGCUGUCCCGGUUCAGGUUAGCGGAAACAUACGCCCCGCCGGACCUGCCAGGCUUCAUUGGUGCUCAGCCGGCUGCUGCGGAACCGGAGGACGAGGAGGACCUCGUCCCCAUCGGCGGCGUGGAUGAGGAGGAAGGCAAGAGCCUCGAGGAGGAGAUGACGGUUCUCAGCGAGAGCAAACGCCAGGACCUGGUGGUGAGAUUCAAAAAGAUGGCGGAUGGCGUCUACGUGGAAGCCAAGCGGAGCGCCAUCGGCGGCAUCACCCAGGUGCCGCUCUACUUCUAUGUCAUCCUCCUCGUUCUCGGAUGGAACGAAAUUAUGAUGGUCUUGCGUAACCCGAUUCUCUUCAUGCUCAUCCUGGUUUUGGGUGGCGGUACUUAUCUAGCUCAUAGUCUGAACCUCCUGGGGCCGAUGCUGCAGAUGGCGAACGCGGCAUCCAACCAGGCAGUUGAGAUCGGCAAGGAGAAGCUGCGCGAGUUCUUGGAGAACAACGAGACGGUCAGACAAGCCAUCGCGGUGCCGGCCAGGCAGCAGGGUAGUAGUGCCUCUAUCAGCAUGGACAGGUUGGAUAGCCGUGGAAAGAAGGCGCAGGAGGCCGAGGCCGAUGACGAUUUCUAGACACGGUUGGGCGUGGAUGUAUUGGGUGUCGCGCCUGUUUUUUUGUUUCUUAUUGUUGCAUGAGAGAAGCGUCAGUUGGAACUGCCACGC